AUGACAGCUGCACUGCAAGGUUGGCAUCCUGGCGAAGUAGCGGUGCAGCAGAAAUAUGGCUUCUCAGAUGCGGUCAGCGAGCACUGGAGAUUGACGGAGAACUUCAUGCGCGAACAGCACCGAAUCUUCCAUACCUUAAAUCUUCCCUUUAUCCCAGUCACCACGGUCGAUGGCCUCGGACGGCCUUGGGGAUCGAUAGUUGCCGGAGCCACUGGCGAAAUCGGUUUCGUGACCAGUCCCGACACUAAAACACUGGUAGUAGACACUCAGCUGUGGCCUGGAGACCCUCUCCUAGACACGAUCCGAAGAUGGAUCAAUUCCAAAUCUCGAGAUGGACUGGCACUAGAAAACUUCCUCACUGCAGGUUUGGGAAUUGAGUUUCCCACGAGAAGGCGAAACAAAUUUGCCGGGCGCAUCAGAGGCGUAGUACCUCGCUCAGACCUGCAAUUUCAGUUGGACUUGGAGAUUCAGGAGGCUCUGGGAAACUGCCCUAAAUACAUCAAUAUUCGCCGAUUCAUUCCGUGCCAGAACAGAAGGCCCUCGAUUGUAUUUCACAGAUCGAACAUGGAGGCUGGAGAGCGCUUGCCUCCCAGGGUGGUGGAACUCAUCACCGAUGCCGACACCGUGUUUAUUGCCUCCAUAUACGAAUCCGAGUCGUCCACUGCAAAAAGAUAUCCUUCACACGCUGGGAUGAAUGCUCGCAGCGGACUACCGGGGUUCACCCGCGUCCGACCUUCAGAUGGCCGAACUGUAGUUCUCCCGGACUACUCUGGAAACCGAUUCCUGAUGAGCUUAGGCAACGUCGAGUCUGCUGGUUUAGUAGGAUUGACGAUCGUGUCCUUCACAACUGGCGAAGUGCUGUACCUUACCGGUCAAGCGCAAGUUCUUGUCGGAGAUCCUGCGUUCAAGAUCAUGACGCGACAGCCCUCAAUAACUUUGAUGGAAACUACAGGAUUUACCCUCGUGCGUGAUGCAUUGCCGGUUCGCCAGGAGCCAGGGACCGAGGUUGAGCGGAGCCCUUACAGCCCAAAAGUCAAAUACCUUUGUGAGGAAGAAGCAGGACUUGCAGGUACGUCUGGCGGAUACAAAGUCCAACUUGUCAGUGCCUUGCAGUAUGCAGACGACAUUGCUACACUGAGAUUUAAAGUUCUUCCCAAGAACGGUUCGACAGGUCUCAUCAUCCAGCCCGGACAGGCUAUCGUGCUUGACUUUAUGGAUUGGAUCGGUCCUCCAGUGUAUCGACACAUGGCAGAUGGCAAGCCGGAAUCGCUCAACGAUGAUCGGGUUCGAACGUGGACUGUCUCCAGUGCGCAUGAAAAUCAAAGCACAACUUGGUUUGAGUUGACAAUGCGUGAGAUGAACAAUGGGGCGGUGACGGGUAGACUCUUUCAGCUUUUGAGAAGCAAAUCGCGUCAAGGCGCAGCGCAAGCCUUGAAUAGCGGCAUUAUUGCUGAAGUUGUCGGUAUAACCGGGGGAUUUUGUGUAGGUCAGGAGCCAGCCCGCAUGCUCUGGGUUGCUGGAGGGAUUGGCUUGACACCUUUUCUGGCCAUGUUUAAGGCCCUAGUAGACCGGAAAGAUGGUGCAGAACAGACAGAUGUAGUCCUUGCUCUGGCCUCCAGGGAACCGGACAUCGCUUUGAAACUCCUCAUCAGGUCGCUCGCCGGCUUACCACCAAAUGUGCAUGUCCAGAUUGAUUUGUUUUCCAGUCAGGAAGAUAAGUCAUCUCGAGACAUGGAAGAUAUAGGGGUCCAGGUGGUGACUCACAAAGGCCGGAUUCAGUCCGGAUAUUGGGCAGGAGUGGCGGAUGGAAGAAAUGCUUUGAUCUGCGGUCCUGGAGGCUUCGGAGAUGCAGCGCAAGCAGGUCUGAUAGACGCAGGAGUUCCUGCCAACAGAAUACGGAGGGAAGGGUUCUAUUGA